UGGGUGGGCCAUCUCUCGAGGAUGUCACAAAUGCAAUUUGUCCUGAUGACUCACCAUACAAAUGUUUGCCUUAUGGUUCCUGCUUUGCCCCCGACAGUUACUGCGAUGAAAAGUCAAAAGCAGUGGAAUCAUGCUUCCAACAUCAGCUGACAACCUUGCAGUCCAAGCUGGCAUAUUGUCAAGAUGUCAGACAAAAUACCUCAAAACUGAUACAUAAAUCAUGUCUCUUUGCUUGUAAGAUUAUAUCAGAAGGCUGUGACAAAUCACAUGUUUCUGACAGCUCUGAGGAUGUUCUCAUAUGGAAAAUUAUUGCAGUUGCUGCAUCCUGUCUAUGUAUUUUCCUGAUCUUGCUUGGCUUGUAUUUUUACCACUACAAAAUCAAAAAGUGGAGGAAGAUGUACUAUCAAGUGAUCUCCAAGCGUAAUGAUACCAUAGCAGAUGGUGGAGAGGAAUCUGAAGGACUUGACUUGGGUGUCCAGCCUCGUAAUUCAUCUGAUGAAAGAGUGAAUUUGCUGCAAGCAGUGGUCACUGAUGUAGAUGUAGGUGGAGUUACACUUCCUGAAAAUCAGAUACAAAGUCAACAACCACAUCAGACUCAACAAGAUCUGUUGGAAAACUCACAAGACAGUCCUCAUUUGCAGCAACCAUAUUUGAACAACAGAGUUUCUGGUGAAAUUCCUCCAAGUUAUUCUUCAGGAAAUGCCUCAAGUGUAUCAUCACCAUCAUCAUCUUCAGUUUCAUCUGUCGGAACAAAUGAUGAUAGCGGAAUAAGUCCUGGAAGGGAAUGUCCUUUCGAGUGUGUGAAUUUAGACCGGCAGUCAUCUCAGACUCAAGUGUUGACAAUUGAGAGUUCUGGCUCCAGUCAGCAAUCCCAGAGUGAGUGUAGAGCAGGUUUACCCUACGUCACAAGCACAUCCAUUCCAGAAGGAAAGAGCACACUUGUGACAAGUGCCAGUGAGUACAGAGAAUAA